AUGCAGGGUCUUGCGGAUGGUCCCGUCAAGAUUCACCUGUUUCGACUUGAACUAGAUUCACUAGAACAAGCCAUUUCCAUUGCGGAGCAGGAAGACUUCAGUCUGAGACAGGCUCGCGCCAGCUCGACAUCAUAUCGUCCACCGAGACGAUAUGACAGCGGAGGUCCAGAGCCGAUGGAACUCUGUUAUGUAGAGAGCGAGAAGGCUCGCUCUACAGGCUACAAGAAGUUGCAGAGAUGCAACAGAUGUCAAAAGACAGGACACUACGCUUACGAGUGUAGUGCCCCUCGUCCAGUGUCUCGCGACACUGGGCGUAGUGACCGUCCACCCAUGAGAAAGGGACAGGGACGAGGGUCCGCUGUUGGUGCAAAGACGCAACAACGGGAUGGACCGUCAAAAAACGGACAGGAUCAGUAG